CGGGGCCGCGAGGCUCCCUCCCCGCACCGGCCGGAGAGUACACAAAGCGGCGGGUGAGGGGAAGCUUCGCAGGCGUGCACAGAGCAGUGAGAUCACUUGCGUUAUAAAUAUCCCAGUGCCAGCGCCGAGAUCCAUUCGGGUGGCCUCUCUCUCUCUCCCCCUCUCCCUCUCUCUUCCCCGAGGCUAUGUCCACCCGGUGCGGCGAGGGGAGCAGCGCCAGAGGCACGCAGCCGCGCGGGGGCUACAGAGCCCAGCCCUGCAAGAUGCACUUAGGACCCCCGCGGCUGGAAGAAUGAGCUUGUCCUUCCUCCUCCUCUUCCUCAGCCACCUGAUCCUCAGCGCCUGGGCUCACGGGGAGAAACGCCUCGCCCCCAAAGGGCAACCCGGACCCGCUGUCACUGAUAGAAACCCAGGAGGCGCCAGGAGCAGCCGGAGCAGCAGUAGCACGACGUCUUUCUCCUCUUCCUCUGCCUCUUCCUCCCCCGCGGCUUCUCUGGGCAGCCAAGGAAGCGGCUUGCAGCAGAGCAGUUUCCAGUGGAGCCCCUCGGGUCGCCGGACCGGCAGCCUCUACUGCAGAGUGGGCAUUGGUUUCCAUCUGCAGAUCUACCCGGAUGGCAAAGUCAAUGGCUCCCACGAAGCCAAUAUGUUAAGUAUUUUGGAAAUAUUUGCUGUGUCUCAGGGGAUUGUAGGAAUACGAGGAGUUUUCAGCAACAAAUUUUUAGCGAUGUCAAAAAAAGGAAAACUCCAUGCAAGUGCCAAAUUUACAGAUGACUGCAAGUUCAGGGAGCGAUUUCAAGAAAACAGCUAUAAUACCUAUGCCUCAGCAAUACACAGAACCGAAAAAACGGGACGGGAAUGGUAUGUGGCCCUGAACAAAAGAGGGAAAGCUAAGCGAGGCUGCAGCCCCCGGGUUAAACCUCAGCACAUCUCUACCCACUUCCUGCCAAGAUUCAAGCAGUUGGAACAGCCAGAACUUUCUUUCACAGUAACUGUUCCUGAAAAGAAAAAGCCACCUAAUCCUAUCAAGCCAAAGGUUCCCUUUUCCACGCCUCGGAAGAGUCCCAACACAGUGAAAUACAGACUCAAGUUUCGCUUCGGAUAACGUUCAUCUUGGCCUUGUGAGAAACCAUUCCUUCUCCUCAGGAGUUUCUAUAGGUGUCUUCAGGAGCUCUGAAGAAAUGUUUUUGGACACAGCUUCAGCUAUCCUACACUGUAUUGAAGUCAGGUCAUUUGUUUCAGUUUAACUGAAACAAAAGUGUUUUCUGAUAGGAACUCAACUGGAAUUCUUUCUACCAAUAUACGGAGCACACUGCUUCAGUUCAGGAAGACAGAAAGCCUUUUGCUUUAUGCUUCGUACAUACUAGGGCUCUGUAUUUUCAGAAAGUUAAACAGCGUGGACUACGUAUUUUUCUGAUUUUUACAGAUCAACCUAAAAGAACAUACAUGAUACAUUUUUAUUUUUGGUUUCCAAAGAAUAUUUUGAUGCAGAUAAAAUAUUUUAUUAACUUUUGUUUUUGGCUUUUUUGUUUUUUUAAAAAAAGUACCUCUGCAUUGAGCAUAUUUUCUUACUUUUAUUAUUUUAAUUAAUAUGACUUAACCAUUUUAAGGCAGUUUAUGAAUUAUAAAUGUGUUUAUAGCCCAUUUGUAAUAUGUGGAUUUCUUUUUCAUUUUUCUUAUUCGUUGCACUUUUUUAUUAUUAUUUUUUUACCAUACCUCAGAUAAUGUAAGUUUAGUUCUACAUCAUAAAAUGUUUAAAUUUUCAUCAACAGCA